AUGGCCAAAGGAAAGAAGGAGGCAAAGAAUGCCAAAAACUCUCAGAGUCAUAUUCGCGCCCGCUUGGAUUACCUCCAUCAAGCCGCUCUUUAUUUUCAGGGCACAUCCACACUGCAGAAUCCCCAGAGCAUCCACAUUGUCCAAAGCAAUGAAGAGAGCUUUGUCGGCGGACAGCUUAGCGUAUCAGAGACUAGCCAUGUGUUAGAAUCCAAUCAGCAAGCUCAUCCUGCGAGCCAAAAAAGGACUGAUAAGCCAUUGGGAAACCUCUCUAGAGUAUGCAUAUCACAUCUUCGUGCCGUGGCACUGAAGACACAAAUCCGGCUACCGACCACGCUGAAGCGAUCAGUAUGCAAGCGAUGCGAGACCAUUCUGACGCCGGGAGUCACCUGCUCGCAUGAGAUCACAAACGCAAGUCGCGGUGGCAAGAAACCAUGGGCUGAUGUGCUCGUUGUUCGCUGCUUCCAGUGUGGAACCGAAAAGCGAUUCCCACAGACAGAAAAGCGUGUGAAAAAGCUUGCUCAGCGCCGUAAGGAGAAGGAAUUGACCUUACUACGUGAUGACCGCCACGAGAGUGCGCCACAAGUGGAUACCACAAGGGUAUCGCAACAAGAGGAAGUCGACCCGUGUGACGAGAAUACACCAAUGUUGGAUGUUACGGACAUGCCCGCGGCUACUUGA